UUUACUUUAUCUGCUGAUGCAUUUGUCUCUCCUCAUCUUCAUCAAGGGCUUGUAUGUCUUUUGCCACCAAAAACCGCAUCAUUGGAAAUGCAGCCAAGAGUCAAAUGAUAACAAACUUCAAAAAUACAGUCCAUGGCUUCAAAAGGUUCCAUGGCAGAGCAUUCGAUGACCCCUUUGUGCAAGCAGAAAAAAACAAACUACCUUACAGUUUGCAUAAACUACCUGAUGAAACCACUGGGCUGAAGGUGCGUUAUUUGGAUGAGGACAAGGUGUUCACCGUGCAGCAGAUCACAGGCAUGCUGCUCAGCAAGCUGAAGGAGACGUCAGAGGGCGCCCUGAAGAAGCCCGUGGUGGACUGCGUGGUGUCUGUACCGUGCUUUUUUACAGAUGCUGAGCGACGAUCCGUGUUGGAUGCUACGCAAAUAGCAGGGCUCAACUGUUUACGGCUCAUAAAUGACACCACUGCAGUGGCAUUAGCCUAUGGAAUCUACAAACAGGACCUUCCCACUCCAGAAGAGAAACCUCGCAAUGUUGUGUUUGUGGACAUGGGACAUUCAUCUUACCAAGUUGCAAUCACGUCUUUCAACAAAGGCAAACUCAAGGUCCUCGCCACAGCGUUUGACCCCAAUCUGGGCGGGCGUAAUUUUGACGAGGCCUUGGUGAAUUAUUUCUGCGAGGAGUUCAAAGUGAAGUACAAGCUGCACGUGCGAGACAACCCCAGGGCUGUGCUCUGUCUGCAUCAGGAGUGCGAGAAGCUCAAAAAGCUCAUGAGCGCCAACUCUUCAGACCUGCCUCUCAACAUUGAGUGCUUCAUGAACGACAUUGACGUUUCCAGCAGGAUGAACAGGGCCCAUUUUGAAGAGUUGUGUGCACGGUAUUUAAUGCGGGUAGAGACGCCGCUGAAGGCCGCCCUUGAACAUUCAAAGCUGAGCCGAGACGACAUCUACUCCGUGGAGAUAGUGGGAGGCGCGACAAGAAUGCCGGCCGUCAAAGACCGGAUCGCCAUGUUUUUUGGCAAAGACGUUAGCACCACGCUCAAUGCUGACGAGGCUGUCGCCAGAGGCGCUGCUCUUCAGUGUGCAAUCUUGUCUCCGGCGUUUAAAGUGCGUGAAUUUUCGAUCACCGAUGCUGUUCCGUUCCCGAUUACUCUGCGCUGGAAAUCAGCAACAGAAGAUGGACUCGGAGAGUGUGAGGUGUUCAGUAAGAAUCAUGCUGCUCCUUUUUCCAAAGUCAUCACCUUCCAUAAGAAAGAGCCUUUUGACCUUGAAGCCUUUUACAGCUGCCCUCACGAGCUUCCCUAUCCAGAUUGUAGGAUAGGGUGCUUUUCAGUCCAGAAUGUGGUGCCCCAGCCAGAUGGAGAAAGCUCCAAAGUGAAGGUCAAGGUGCGCUUUAACGUCCAUGGCAUCUUCAGUGUGUCCAGUGCAUCUUUGAUUGAGAACCAGAAAGGAGAGGUGGAGGACAUGCAGAUCGACGCAGAGCCACUUGUGCAAAAUGAAGGCAGGGCAGAGGAGCAGACCAAAAUGCAGGUCGACCAGGAAGUCCAAAGCCAGGGCGACCAGCCAAAUGAAGACAACACUUGCACCACCAAGGGGGGUACUGGUGGUGCAGGGGACAAGCAGGACCCAGCAGCAGUAGCAGUGAGCAAGGCCAAAGUGAAGGUGAAGAGCGCCGACCUGCCCAUUGUGGCCAAAAAUAUCAGACAGCUUGACAGCGAGGUGCUCUGCAACUUUGUCCAGUUUGAGCGUCAAAUGAUUGUGCAAGACAAACAAGUGAAAGAGGCAAAUGAUGCUAAAAACGCUGUGGAAGAAUACGUUUAUGAUCUCCGGAACAAACUGUGUGGUAUCUAUGAAAAGUAUAUCACGGAGGAAGACAGCAACCGGUUGACGUUACUCCUGGAGGACACUGAAAACUGGCUGUAUGAGGAAGGGGAGGACCAAUCCAAAGACGUGUAUGUGGAAAAGCUGGAUGCACUCAGGAGUCUGGGUCAGCCUAUUCAAGACCGGCACAGAGAGCACGAGGACCGGCCAAAGGCUUUUGAGGAGCUUGGCAAGAGGCUACAAUUCUACAUGAAGUUUGUGGACUCUUACAAACAGAAGGAUGAGCGUUAUCUCCAUGUGGCUGCAGAGGAUGUCAACACCGUGGAGAAAUGCUUGAAUGACAGCAUGGUCUGGAUGAACAGCAAGAUUAAUGCGCAGAGUAAACUGGCCGUCACUCAAGAUCCCGUUGUCAAAGUAGCAGAUAUCAUUUCCAAAAUCCAGGAGCUGCAGGAUGUGUGUGCUGCAGUGAUCAACAGGUCCAAGCCCACAGUGGAAGAGACGCAGGAGGUGAUUGAACAUAACAGCAGCGCUCCUAAUAACGGCCCGACUGCUCAGCAAGGCCCAAAUGGGGCUGGCGACGCCAAGGGAAACCAACACACAAAACAUACGGCAAAGGAAAUGGAAGUAGACUAAGAAGAUUGUCUGAUCUCUAUGCCUGCAUCUCCAUGACGACCAUCAGCGACCAUGUAGACAGUAAGGAUAGCGUUACAGUAACUGGGACCACUUCUCAAUCCUCACCAGCCACACAGGUGGAUUUAGUGGCUUUGCUCAUUUCCAUUUUGUCAGUUUGCACUCUUCUGUCCAUCCUCAUGUGUGACUGUGGUGUGCUCCUGCUCUCAAACGCUUUUGACUAUUAAAAGAGACCCAAUAGAUUGAAAUGUUUCAACAUUCCCUGAAAGGAAGCAUUUGCCUUCUGUGUCAUCUAUUUGUAACGUGUGAACCCCCCUCCUCCAGAGACCCACAGAACUACAGUAGACAACAGCUUUUACCAAACUGUUAGUUUGUAUGCAGUAGUACUAAUUCUACAGUAUAUAUUUGUAUGUAAUACAUUUGGGACAUCAAAUCUAUUUUAAUAUUUAAUACAAGCCAUCAUAUUUAAGGUAUAUAAGAACAGAUUCCCAAUGGCUAACCUUGAGUCUCUGUUGGAGAUGAUGGGAUUUCCCUAUUUCCAUGUUGAUUUUCAUGCAAGUUUCCAUUUAGGAUUUUAGUUGGAAAAUAAACACAUUCAGCUGUAAAAACAAGA